AUGGUCUCGCGGAUCGGCUCUCGCCGGCUGUGCGCCGCAGCACGGUUCCUCAUUCCGCGGUAUCGAUCGACGCUCUUCUUCUCGGAAGUGCCACCAGGUGGAUGCGCUCGCGUGGCACUCACCAUCGACGACGGGAUCUGCCGAGGCGAGGCCGCAGACUCUCUCGCGCCGGCGGUGGUGGAGCUGCUACAGCGACACGGCGCUCGCGCAACCUUCUUUGGCGUGCUGACACGCCGCAUGCGCGACGUGCUCGCCCGGCAGCGCGGGAUGGUGCACGUUCUCGGCGACGCCUACUGCGACGACUGGGCGGUGGACGACCCGGCCUUCAUCUCGCGGACGCUGCUACGGAUGGCGCAACCAGGCUCCAUCAUAAUCAUGCACAUGCCGGAGGCAAAGUGUCGCCGCUGGUGCCUGGACGCGCUGCGGCUGCUGCUCGAGGGGCUGGGCGAGCGGGGCCUCGCCUGCGUGACGCUCUCGGAGCUGGCGGCCAGCUAG